AUGGCAGGGGUCACUGCCAACGUUUCCUUUGACUUGUCGACUGUCACGUCCAGCUCAUCAGAGACUGCAGAAACCUCAGAAACCAGUGUCACUUCAGAUCUUCCGACUACCAGCUCAUCAAGCUCCUCAUCAGCAAGUCAAAAGACCUCAGACUCAUCAUCAGCUACAGACACAACUAAAUCUGCGUCUACUGCACUACCAUCUUCAACAAGCCUUCUCACGACUUCUAGUGACAAAGCAACCACGGCCAGGACGUCUCUGACACCUAUGACAACUACAAUAUAUCCAAUCACAGGCAGCUCAGAGCCCAGCUCUUCGGCAUCGUGCCCUAAAGAACCGUCUUGCUCCCUUCGUCCAGGAUCUCCUAGUAGAUCACAAGUAGCUUUGCUGGAAGUAGCAUCUCUGUAUAGCAAUGCUCGAGACUGCAUUGAGCCAUGCUACAUAUUGCUCUGGUUCACGUUUUACAACAUCUUCGCCGUUAUCGCCAGUCUAGCACUUGGCAGUAGACAGUCACGGGCAAUCAUAGCACACCUCACCGGCAGCAGCGACUUUGGGAAAUCCUUUCCAGACUCAAGCAGAUCUCUCGACAAAAGGCUGAAUUAUCUAUCUGUCAUCUUCAGCCUCAUCCUGCAAGUGGGUGCAACAGUCGGCACAGCAUUCAUCUUUACCAGAGACGAUCCUUCUGCUUCGCCGUGGCACAUGUUUGCCCUCUGGACGGCGCGCCCUCUCGCAACCCCUCUAGUCAUCUACUUCGUGAUGAUCAACCCCUCCUCAUACGCUUUUCAAGCGGCGGAAAUCACAUAUGUCGAUACGCUGCUGAGCCUCAUCUCGUUGGUCGGGUUUGGCACAGUGGCCCAUGCAACCACAGGAGGGGGGCCAUUACAGGUCAGCAUCGCCCAAGCGGGUUCCGCAAUCGGCAUCCUCGCGAACAUAUUAUUUCUCCAUCUCCUCUACAAAGUCCGCCCAAGCUAUAUCUUCGUCCAGACCCAGCAACCCUCAGAGGACCGGCUCCAAGUGGACUGGGAGCGUCUGAACCCUCUGAGAUUGAAGAUCGCGGGCGCCUGGGCAUUCGUGCUUCAUGUGCUGCGGUAUAUGGCCUCUUGGCUCCUGUGGGUUGGUGUGCUGCAGACAAAUCCGGAAGCGUUUUGUCCCAGCACGGGUGCCUUGUUUGAAGUCAUGGCCCUUUUGAUCUGUGUUCCGAUCUUGGACAAUGUCCUGCGAGCGUAUCUGGUUGGGGGUAGAGGGCAGAAAUUGGCGGAUGGUCGACGCAGGGGCUUGGAGGAAGCUUUCGAUAUAGAAGACGUGCUCCUGAAUUUGGUGAAUCUGGAAAGAUUUAGAGUAGGUUGUGGAUGA